AAGUCCCGCCUCCGCGGAACCCGCUUGCUGGAGCUCCGGGUUGUUCAGGCCUGAGAGGGCUUGGGGCGGACGUGAGCAGCGUCGGACCAAGAUGGCGGUGCAGGUGGUGCAGGCGGUGCAGGCGGUUCAUCUUGAAUCCGAUGCUUUCCUAGUUUGUCUCAACCACGCUCUGAGCACAGAAAAGGAGGAAGUGAUGGGAUUGUGUAUAGGGGAGUUGAAUGAUGACACAAGGAGUGACUCUAAAUUUACGUAUGCUGGAACUGAAAUGCGCACAGUUGCUGAAAAGGUUGACACCGUCAGAAUUGUUCACAUUCAUUCUGUCAUCAUCCUGCGACGUUCUGAUAAGAGGAAGGAUCGGGUGGAAAUUUCUCCAGAGCAACUAUCUGCGGCUUCAACGGAGGCGGAGAGGUUGGCUGAACUAACAGGUCGCCCCAUGAGAGUUGUGGGCUGGUAUCAUUCCCAUCCUCAUAUAACUGUUUGGCCUUCACAUGUUGAUGUUCGUACCCAAGCCAUGUACCAGAUGAUGGAUCAAGGCUUUGUAGGACUUAUUUUUUCCUGUUUCAUAGAAGAUAAAAAUACAAAGACUGGUCGGGUACUCUACACUUGCUUUCAGUCCAUUCAGGCCCAGAAGAGCUCUGAGUAUGAGAGAAUUGAAAUCCCAAUCCAUAUUGUACCUCAUGUAACCAUUGGGAAAGUGUGCCUUGAAUCAGCAGUUGAGCUGCCCAAGAUCCUGUGCCAAGAGGAGCAGGAUGCAUAUAGAAGGAUCCACAGUCUUACACAUCUGGACUCGGUGACCAAGAUCCAUAAUGGCUCAGUGUUUACCAAGAACCUGUGCAGUCAGAUGUCAGCAGUCAGCGGGCCUCUCCUACAGUGGUUGGAGGACAGACUGGAGCAAAAUCAGCAGCAUUUGCAGGAGUUGGAACAAGAAAAGGAAGAGCUUAUGCAAGAACUUUCUUCUCUAGAAUAAAGUGGAAGACAAAAUGGGGAAAUAAUGAAAGCAUCCAGGUGUAAAAUUAAAUAAGUUAAAUCAGUUUUGAAGAAAAAGUUGGAAGAACUCACAUUACCUGACUUCAAGACUUAUUAUAAAGCAGUAGUAAGCAAGAUGAUACAGUAUGUGACCAACUGAUUUUUGACAAGGUGCAAAAAUCCUUCCGCAGUGGAGGAAGGAUAGUCACUUCAACAAAUGACACUGGAAAAAUUGGACACCUGAAGGCAAAAAAUUAACUUUGACAUAAAAUGCAGUUUAUAUAAAAAUUAACUCAAAAUCUAUAACAUGUAAAACUAUAAAAAUUUUAGAAUUAAAAUCAUAGCAAAAUUUUCAUGAUCUUGGGCUAGGCAACAAGUUCUUAGCCUUCACCUCCAAAGUACAAUCCUAAAAGGAAAAGUUUGACUUUAUCAAAAUGAAAAAGUUUUGCUCUGCAAAUAUUUAAGAGGAAAUUAUUCAGGUAAUUAUUCGAAACCAUAUAUCUGAUCAAUCUAGAAUAUAUAACAGUAAAAACCAACAAUCCAAUUAGAAAAUGAGCAAAAGAUAUUUCACUAAAUAGGAUAACAUGGAUAGCAAGCAAGCACAGGAAAAGAUCUUGAACUUCAUUAGUCAUCAGGGAAUACAAGUUAAAAUCACAGUGAUUUAUUACUAUGUAUUUAUCAGAACAGCUAAAGAAAAAAUUUUGAAAAUACCAGAUGCUAUUGAGCAUGCAAACUGAAUCUCAUGCAUGGCUGAUAGGAAAGUAAAAUGAUUUUUCAAUAAAGUUAAAUAUAUAUAUAUAUAUAUAUAUAUAUAUAUAUAUAUAUAUAUAUAUAUAUAUAUCAUAUGACCCAGCCAUAAUUCCUACACAUUUAUCACAGAGAAAUGAAAACCUGUGUUGGCAAGAAAACUUGUACACAAAUCAAAUGUUCUUAUCUUCAUUUGUAAUAGCCCAAAACUCGAAGCAACCCACAUGUCCUGCAAUUGAAUAGUUAAACCAUUGACACCAAUCACCCAUACCAUGGAAUACUACUACUCUUUAAUCAGGAGUAGACUAUUGACGCAUACAACUUGAAUGGACCUCAAAGGUAUCCUGAUGAAUAUUUUAAAAAGCAGUCUCAAAAGGUCACAUACUGUAUAAUUGAUUUAUAUAACUUCCUUGAAAUGACAAAAUUACAGAAACAACAGAUUAAUAGUUGUCAGAUAUAGGGACUGGAGGGGUAUGGAACAUAUGUGUUAAGGGAUAACACAGGGAAUUUCUUUGUACUGAGGGAACAGUUUUGUGUUUUGAUUGUGCUGUUGAUUUAGUGAAUUUAUACCUAUACUAAAACUACACAGAUGUACACACACCUAAAAAUUAAUACAUGUAAAAUCGAAAUAAGGUCUGCAAUCUAGUAAGUAGUAUUGUACCAUUUUCAAUAUGUUAAUUUUGAAGUAGCACUAUAUUUAUGUAAGCUCUUAUUAAUGGAAGGUUUUGGGUGAAGGGUACAUGGGACUUACUGUACUAUUUGCAACUUCCUGUAAAACUAUAAUUAUUGCAGAAUAAAAAUGUAUAGCCCUG